AUGGCCAAGAAUAAAUCAACAGGGCGGAAAUCCAGGAACGUAUUUCGCAUAGCUAGCCAAAAACGCUUUAAGGCUAAAGACAGAGCAAAACCAAUUACCGCUAAUCUUAAGAAGAUUCCUCAGCAACGUCAUGAAAGCAAACCAGUUAAUGUUGAUGAAGCUACAAAAUUAAUGGCUUAGUCGUAAUACAGUGGUGAUGCAUCUAAUUCUCCAC